AUGAGGUUCUCCUCCCUUCUCAUGGCCGGCACCGCCGCCGCCGUCCCCUUCCUCGACCUCGAACCCCGCCAAGCCAUCGCCAACGUCGACAAGCUCAUGAAGGAGCGCGGCAAGCUCUACUUCGGCACGUGUUCCGACCAGUCACUCCUCAGCAACGCGCAGAACACGGGCGUCAUCGAGGCCACCUUCGGCCAGCUCACCCCGGAGAACUCGAUGAAGUGGGACCAGAUCAACAACCAGCAGAACUCGUAUAGUUGGCAGCGUGCCGACUUCCUCAUGGACUACGCCGAGAAGAAUAACAUCACCGUCAGGGGUCACACGCUCGUUUGGCACUCGCAGUUGGCCGGGUGGGUGAAUAAUAUUAGGGAUAAGGCGCAGCUUACGAAGGUUAUUGAGGAUCAUGUUGCUGCUCUUGUUGGGAGGUGGAAGGGCAAGAUUCGAGCUUGGGACGUCGUCAACGAGAUGUUCAACGAGGACGGCUCUCUCCGCCAGUCCGUUUUCUCCCAGGUCCUUGGAGAAGACUUCGUCCGCAUCGCCUUCGAGGCUGCCCGCAAGGCGGACCCCGAUGCCAUCCUCUACAUCAACGACUACAACCUCGACAGCCCGACCUAUGCCAAGACCACCACCGGCAUGGCCAACCACGUCAAGAAGUGGCUCGCAGCCGGCGUCCCCAUUGACGGCAUUGGUUCCCAAGGCCAUCUCACACCAGGCCAAGCCAGCGCCCACGUCGAAGCCCUCAAGGUCCUCGCCGCCACGGGCGUCAAGGAGGUCGCCACCACCGAGCUCGACAUUCAGCAGGCCCCCGCCAACGACUACGCCACCGUCGUCAAGGGCUGCAUGGAGGUCGAAUCCUGCGUUGGUGUUACCGUCUGGGGUGUUCGCGAUCCCGACUCGUGGCGCGCUAAUACCAACCCUCUCCUCUUCGAUGGCCAGUAUAGGCCCAAGGCGGCGUUCAAUGCCAUAGUCCAGGCUCUUGAGGCGAUUACCCCUUAA